AUACGAAUUUUUAAUUCGCGCGAGAUAAAAAAGGAAGGAGACAGGAGUAAAGGGCGAACAGCCCUUUGGAAGCGUGGGGAAAAAUUAGGAGAAAAAUCGUCAAAGUACAGCGAUGAGGUGGAAUAUUUGAUCGCUCGGUUUGCGAGGGAAACCGAUUGUAACUAAUCCGACUAAGAGCGACCUUGAGCAAAAUGGUCAGGGGGGUGGUGUUACUAGUCUUGCUAGUUCUCUUCGGUGCCUUCGACGUUCCUGGCAUCGAGAGGGUUCGUGUUAGAUAUCUGGCUAAUGCUGGUAACACCUGUAACGCUUGUAGAAUGCACGAGGAGAUCAGAGCUCUCAGCCUCAAAGCCAUCAAGGAACAAAUUUUGAACAAGCUGGGCUUGAAACAAGCUCCAAACAUGACGGGUAGAGCUCUGCCAAGAAUUCCGCCGAUUUCCAAGUUGAUGGAUAUGUACGGGAUGCAAGCUGAUCAACCUCAACCUCUCGAGCCCGGUAUCUCGCAUCACGAGGAGAUCGACGAGUAUGCUGCCAAAACGGAGAGCGUCUUCGCCCUGGCGCAACCUCAUCAGAGGCUACGGCACUCGAAAGGCAGCCUCGACGUUCUCUAUUUCAAAUUCUCGGACAAGGUGGUUCAGCAUCGCGUGACGAGAGCGGAAUUAUCGUUGUGGAUAUGGGGGACGAAGGAAGAGGAGGUCUCGGAAGAGCUGGACGAACUCGGAGGAGAUUUGGAACGGUCGAUGGAGAGCGAGGAGGAGGGUGGUGGGCCCGUGACGAUCACGUUGCAAAGGAUCGUUCGCGGCACCACCGAGACGGGAGGUCCAUCGUUGGGUCCACCGUUGACCACUAAACAUCCUCGACCGAUCGGCUCCAGAGGCAAUUGGGUAACGAUCGAAUUGAGGAGAAUGGUCGCCGAAUGGUUCAAACAUCCACGGGACAAUCUCGGAGUAGCGCUCAAGAUCUCCGGUCCCGGAGGUGGUGGUAGUGGCGGUGGCGGUGGUGGUGGUACUAGCGGUGGUGGUGGUGGUGGUGGUGGUGGUAGCGGUGGUGGUGGUGGUGGUGGUGGUAGUGGUGGUGGUGGUAGUGGUAAUCAUCGCAGAAAUUCGAAAUUAGUCGAGACUAAUCCCGAAGCCGAGUACGCGCCAUACCUCGAAGUACAGACGCAAGAACUCGACUCUAGAAGAGGGGCGAGGAUCAAGAGAAACGUAGGACUUAAUUGCGACGAAGCCAGCCAAGAGACCAGAUGUUGUCGAUACAAACUCACCGUCGAUUUUGAGAAAUUUGGCUGGGAUUGGAUAAUCGCGCCCAAGAAGUACGAUGCCAAUUAUUGUUCGGGCGAUUGUCCGAUGGCCUUUCUACCGGCAUAUCCAAACACUCACAUCGUCAGCCUGGCGGAACCGCCUAACAACUCUGGUCCAUGUUGCGCCCCGAGAAAACUCUCCGAGAUCACGAUGUUGUACUUCGAUAACGAGUAUCAAAUCGUGUUUUCGCGAUUACCAGGCAUGGUCGUCGAGAGAUGUGGAUGCUCAUAGUCUACCUUUAUAGCUCGAGAGAAGAGCAACGACGGCGAAGAAAAUGUCAAGGCUCUUUUAGGAUCUACUAAAAUUGUCGAUGCUAUUUUUACUCCCAUCGUUCCUUCCCUUUCCUUCUUCUUCUUCCUUUACUUUCCCUCCCUCUCGGUCUCGUUUCACCGUUUCCUUUUCCCGUUCCUUCCCUCCCCCCCAUUAAACUUAUCCAAUUUCCAUGGACGAUGGACGACGAACGGUGGCGAUUAUCGUCGCGUCACCGUUCUCGUCGUCCUCGUCAUCUUCGUCCUCGUCGUCGUCGUCGUUGUCUCCGUUCUUCGACGAAUUCUCAUUUCAUAGACUGAAAGUGCCUUGUUCGGGGUGGUUUAUUAUUAUACCGAAAAUCCCUUUGUAAAGAGUAUGAACGGGGAAUCACGAUCAACACUCAACGAAUGCUACAGAGAUACAGAUGAUCGGAAAGAUCAUAAGAUAAAAAAAGUCCGUUUUCUUUUUUCUCGAUAUACAUGAUAUGAUCGAUUGAAUAAUUGAAACGGGCACCUUUGAUAGUCGUUUAAGAUUAAUGGCAAGGCAAAUAGUUCCUAGAGUCACGGUAUUAUUAUUAAGGUGUCGAUGCGUUUACACCUGAUCUAAGGAAAACGACCGCGAAAGAAUUAUUUUUUAUACGGGAGCUUAUCGCAUUUAAAUCACCGACUUGCUACUUUUCACGGUCCGAUUUUUAUCGACUUAUAUAGAACUUUUACGAAUCACGCAAAACGAAAACAAAGCAUCUUGUCGCAAUGUUUCCUUGCACAUCGUUGCCUUUCCAAAAGCGAGGAUACGAAGAUGGAACGAUUCGUUUCCGGUAGUCGUCGUUGAUCGGUGAAAACGUGUUGGCCGAAAGAUCUCUGUGUACAGCGAAUCAUUUUCUUUUUUUCUCUUUCUCUCUCUCUCUCUCUCUCUCUCUCUCUCUCUCAUCUCUAUCUUUUCUCUUCUUCCUCUUCCUCUUCCUCUUCUUCUUCUAUCUGCUUUUUACAAACAAAUAAACGAUACGUAUACGAGAAAUGUUUUCUCUUCGAAAUAUAUAGCAUAGCGAUAUAAGUAAAUGCAAAUUUUCUCUCCUCUUUUCUUCUUUUUUAUAACGCAUACUUGAAUACUCCUCUUUCUUCCUUCCUCUCACGUAUAUCCAUCCGUUCCCGUUUCUUUCCCCUUUUAGCGAGUCAUGUGAAUGCGUGCAUACGAGUCGUGUAAAUAUAUCAUAUAUCUAGAUCGUUCUUUGCCGUUUUUCUUCAAAUUCUCUCUUCGAUUCCUCACUUUCCGCAUUCUCUGUCAUUUCAUCGUUGUCGUUACCAUCCUCGUCAUCGUCGUCGUCAUCGUCGUCGUCAUCGUCGUCAUCAUAAUCAUCGUCAUCAUCGUCAUCAUCAUCAUCAUCAUCAUCAUCAUCAUCAUUCAUCACUCUUCCCCUCCUUCCCUUCCUUUACGAUUCUUCCAACGAAGAAACGUUGCUUGUAUAUGCUUACGAAUGCAUGUCCUUUUUCUAACGUGAUUAAUAACUGAUCCACUCGAUAUAUUAUGUAUACUAUGUAUAGAAAUGCGAAAUUGUAACAAUGAUCUGGGCUGAUCAAAUUCGGAAAAAUCAACGAGUGCAUAUAUGUUUUGGGAUUAAAAAACAUGAGAGAGAGAAUAUUUUUUAUUCGCGCUGUAGUUGGAUCGCUGUGGAUCCAAAUCGCAGAUAAAUCAGUGAUAAUUAUCAUUUGCGUAGAUAUUUGCGUAUAUGUGUAUAUGUGGCUAACGUUCGAUCUUUAAUCUUCGAUGAAAGUGUAUUUUUUCGGGAAAAUUAGAUUGAGAUGCGUUUUCUAGCUACGUUUCUUUUUUUUUUUUUUUUUUUUUUCACACACGAUUUGGUACAGUAUGGUAGUAUCGUUGCGAUAUCUAGAUAUGCUUAGCUCGAAAAGUGCGCCAACCGAGAAACCGUCUCGGUGGAUAUUCGGAAUACAUAUACAUGGGGCUCCGGGCUCGUUUUCUAAAUACCCGGAGAAUUUUUGGAAUUUUUCUACGAUUUCUCGUGCGAGACGAGGAUAAAUGACGAAGAAACGGCGCCUCGUUUCCGUAAUUUAUCUUCCCUUCGAUGUAAGAGUAGUGUUAGAAAUGUUACGGACGUUUCGAAAUUAUUCGUUUUCUCAUCACGUGAUAUCGAUGUUUCAAAUUCACGAAAAUAUAGUAAUAAUAUACGAGAAAAAAAAAAAAAAAAAAAA